UACAGAAAAUUCAAGAUGGGACUACAGAUAGUAUUUGUAGUAUUAAAAAGAGACGUGGAAUUCAAUCAGAAAAAGAGAUGGAAGCUAAUGGAUUUUUUGACACAGAUAAGAUAAUCCAAGCAGUAGCUUCUAUACAACAACAUGAACAAACAAUUGUUCUAUUAGGAACAGUGGAUGGAUUUUUGUUGAAGGUACAUAAAUCUAAAGGACGAGAAUAUAUGAGUUUAUAUCUAGGUAAUACUACAUCCCAACAAUCUACAGCUAUAGAAUCUACUAUGUAUGUUGAUAAAGAUAAAGAAAGAUUAUAUCUACUUACUGGUAAUAAGGUUAUAAAGUUUUCCUUAGAUUCAUGUGGAGUACAUAGUGAUUGUGAUUCAUGUUUAUCAAGUUCAGAUCCUCUGGGAUGUGGCUGGUGUAGGGGAAAGUGUACAACAUACAAUGAAUGUGAUAAUGAUUUUAAUCGUAAUCAAUGUCCACCUUCUCUUCAUUCUAUUAAUCCUCUAAAUGGUCCAACUCAAGGUGGAACUUUAUUGACUUUGACUGGUCAAAAUUUUGGAAGCGCAAUAUUAAAAGAUAAAGCCAGUCUGACUGUUGAAAUUUCUAAAAUAAAAUGUGACAUUAAAAAUGGGAAUUCAACAUGGUUAAUAUGUCGAACUGGUCCUGCUCCUGUACAACAGAGACCAGUACAGAUAACAGUUACAGGUAGUACCACGUUUGGUAGAAGCUACCAUGUAGAAGGCACUGAUUACUCUGAACAAUAUUUCUCUUAUCAGGAACCAAAAAUAGAGUCUUUUCAACCAAAACGAGGGCCUGUAGCAGGAGGGACUAACAUAAGGAUCAAGGGAGAUAAUUUGAACAUAGGAGGAUUGCCAAAUGUGUCUGUUGCUUAUAAUUUUAAUUGUAUCAUUUUCAAUUUAACUAGUACACAGAUUGACUGUACAACUGUUCCUUGGUCAGAAACAUCUGGUUUCAUAUCAUCAAGAAGAAAAAGAUUUAUAAAUAGAGCUAAAGGAAAUGGUCCACUCAUUGUUAAAAUUGAUGAUGCUACCUUAAGUAUUGAUGAAAAUGAAGAAACUAACUUUUUCUACUUAGAAAACCCGACAAUUGAUCAUAUUUUACCACGUCAAUCUUUUGUUAGUGGUGGUAUACCAAUAACUGUGAGAGGAUCUAACUUGGAUUCAGUAGCUAGACCGUAUAUAGGAGGUUCGUUAGAUGGGAAAGACUUAACACAACAAGAGCUUUGUAAUGUUACGGAAGGAGGAGAAGCUAUGAUUUGUCCAGCUCUUGAUUUUAGUUCUGUCAUCACCAAUGCAGAGAAAACAGAUCCAGAGGAAGUCAAUUUGUGGUUUAUUAUGGAUGGUGUGGAAAAUUUACGCAACUUUCAUCAAACACAGGGGAAAUUAAGUAGUUUUACAUAUUAUCCUGAUCCAGUGUUUGAUAAAUUUCGUGGAGACGGGAAUGUUUUAGAGUUUGAUGUUUCACAAUCAAAUCUUGUCAUUGAAGGUGAUAAUAUAGGAUUAGGUUUUACACAGACAGAUAUAAAAGUUAUUGUAGGAGAUGAUAUAUGUAAAGUAAAAGAUUUAGAAGAAACUAAUAUUAAAUGUAUUCCGAGUAAUAAACCAACAUCUAUAAGUGAAAAUGAACCCAAGAGAAAAGUAGAGGUUCAUGUUGGUAAUCUUCAUUAUGAAAUAGGAUUUGUCAUAUAUACAGCAGGAGCAUCAGCUGCAACAUACCAACUUGUUAUACUGGGUGUAAUAAUAGCUUUAAUCUGUAUAGCCGUUUUCGUUAUAUUAUGUAUAAUGAAGAAAAAACGUAUUGGUUUCUUUAAACCCCCACGUGAUGAUCGUAGUAUCAGAUAUACACAAGGUGAUCAUAUUGGUAUUGAUAGUUUAACACAACCUGGUGAACAUACUUUUAACCUAGAAAACAGACAAAACAAUUAUACAGAAAGAGAUGCUAUUGCUGCAGCUGCACCUUCAACCCUUAUAGAUGAUGAUCUGUUAGCUUUAAUAACAAAUGAAAAUCUGCUUAUAGACAGUGAACAUUUAACUAAAACUGAAAUAUUGGGCAAAGGUAAUUUUGGCUGUGUAUAUAAAGGGUUUCUUACAUUGCCUGAACAAAAAGGAGAUAUAUUGGUUGCUGUUAAAACUUUACAUCAGAGUAAUCCUCGUGAAAUAGAGCUAAAUGCUUUUCUUCAAGAGGCUCUAUUAAUGAAAGAUUUUCAUCAUGAGAAUGUUCUAGAAUUAAUUGGGAUAUGUCUUGGAUUAGAUGCCAUGCCUCUUGUUGUUCUACCGUUUAUGGAACACGGUGAUUUACUCAGCUACAUCAGAGAUGAAAAUAAUAACCCCACAAUUAAAGAUCUAAUACUGUUCGGUAUAGAUAUAGCUAAGGGAAUGGAAUAUUUAGCUGGCCUUAAGUUUGUUCAUAGAGAUUUAGCUGCCAGAAACUGCAUGUUGGAUCAAGAUUUCCGAGCAAAGGUGGCUGAUUUUGGCUUAGCGAGAGAUAUCUAUGAAAAAGAUUAUUACAGUUCAGACAAUAAAAAAACGAAAUUACCAGUAAAAUGGAUGGCAAUGGAAAGUUUGGAAAAAGGAACGUACAGUGCUAAAUCAGAUGUGUGGUCGUUUGGUGUAGUUUUAUGGGAGUUGAUGACAAGGGGAGUUAAUCCGUAUCCCGAGGUAGAUAACUGGGAUGUUAUACGUUAUUUAAAGGCUGGAAGAAGAAUGGCUCAACCCCAAUACUGUCCUGAUCCUUUGUUUGAGAUCAUGAGACAAUGUUGGAAUGCAAAUCCACAAGAUCGACCUGCUUUUAGUGAUCUUGUGAAUGAAAUUAGUAAUAUGAUACAAAAACUAGAACACAAAACAGGUCCACAGAAACGAAAUAUUGAAAGUACUUAUGUUAAUGUUGAUACAAGUGCUGAAUGUCAUUAUGAUGAAACAGAUAAAUUAAUGUCUGGGGCUACAGGGGGAGCCAUUGGUGGAUCAUCAUCAGAAGUCUAACAACCACAAUUUAUUUUAUAAAGUAUUAUAAUUUUUACAUGUUACUUUAGUAUUGUCUUAGAAAUGUUAAAUUUAAUGUUAUUAAUAGUGUACCAGUAGUAUACAAUCUAGACUCUUUAAGAAAUUGAUUUUUAAUGUGUAACUUUCAUUAUGUUUGCAAUAAAUCAUCAGGAAUUAUAUACGCAUUUCAUUAGAAAUAGACACAUUAUUCUGGUAUGAAUCCAAGACCUCUUCCCCAAAACAGGAUAUACCCCAUGACUGAUUUUUAGGGGAAAAAAAUCUGGCAGUUUAUUAUUACUAUGUUUGUUUGAGAGAGAGAUAAAGAUGGCAGUGUCAGACCAAUAUAAACUUAAAAUAUUUCCCAAUUUUUCCAUGAAAAAAUCAAAUUUGUGUCUUACAAGCAAAUCAUAGGUAUCUAUGGAAUUUAAAGGUGAUUCUAUUUCCGAGAUAUCUGUACUGUAUAGAAUUAUAAAUUAUUCACUUCCACUCCUUAUCUCAGCCAUGAAUGUUUAGCCUAAUAAAUGUGGAUCAUAGGUUGGUUGAAAGUGCUUUUUGUACAUUUUUAUACACCCACAUUUUCAUGUGGACGUAUUAUGCCGUCGCCCCUGUUUGUCCAUCCGUCAAUAAUUUGUUUGUGAACACUCAACAGGUCACAAUUUUUAUCUGAUUACGACGAAACUUAAAAUAUAGGUCUGUCUCUCAAAGAUCUCGGUUCCUUUCGAUAUUGGCAUAUAUCGGACGAUAGCUUCAUGGAUUAUGGCCCCUGAUUGUAAGAAAAAUCACAUUUUUAGCUUCUGAACACUCUAGAGGUCACAAUUUUCAUCUGAUUUUGAUGAAACUUAAAAUGCAUGUUUAUAACCCAAUGAUCUUGGUUCCUUUCAAUAUUUGCACAUAUCGGAUCAUAACUUCCUGAAUUAUGGCCCUUGAUUAUACGAAAAAUCGUGUUUUUAGUUUGUGGUCCCUCUUGAGGUCACAAUUUUUAUCCGAUUGAAAAAAACAUUUGAAUAUUUCACCGUUACACCCUAAUGAUGGCUAAGUUAGAAUUUCGUGAAAAUCGGACCAAAACUGCCGGACAAAAUGGCCACCCCUCUUACGCAAAUAGUGUAAAUAUAUCAAGGUUGUCGACCCUCUAGAAGUCACAAUGUUGAUCCGAUUUUGAUGAAACUUGAAAUAUAUCUUUAUAACCCAAAGAUCUUGGUUCUUGUAUGUAUGCGUGCAUAUCGUACCAUAACUUCCUGAAUUAUGGCCCUUGAUUUUACGAAAAAAUCACUUUUUGUUUAGCUUGUUCUCUAUCCAUCUCUUGCAAAAUGUGGACUUAUCCUGUCUGGCAGCCGCUGGUUUUUUAUAGAAAUAUUUUUAUAUUUAUUUAUCUUGAGAAAUAUGACAUUCUGCAUUACAUGUGAAGGUUUUUGUACUUUAUGUGUGUGUCGCCUACAGACCGCAAUUCUUAACUGAUUGUCUUGAAACUUUACAUACUUACUCCUUAUACCCUAAGGAUGUUCCCUAUUUUUUUUGGUGCAUGCCCAUUGCCCAACCCCCAUGGGCAGAGCCACACCCUUUUUUUUGUAUUUCUUUGUUUGUCGUCUACAGGUCGCAUUUCUUAUCGAAUCCACUUCAAACUUUGCAUAUUUAUUCCUUAUACCCUAAGGAUCAUCACUAUUGUUUUUGGUACAUGCGGAUGGCUGAAUGGUUAGCGUGCGCGCGCUGUAUCAUAAAGUCUGUCAUUGAGUCGACUGGCGUGGUUUCGAAUCAACGGUGUACGUGACAAGGAGUAGGGUCGCCUGUCCAACCUUGUGGGUUUUCUCUGGGUCCUUCGGUUUCCUCCUACUGCUAAAGACCCCUAUGUGCAAGCGAAUAAUUGAAAUAAAAUCAAAAAACCAUAUGUUAGUCCCGAAAUGACCUAGUUUGAGUCGAGUGGACGUUAAACCCCAUUUCUCUCUCUCUCUCCAACCCCCAGGGGCAGAGCCACGCCCAUUUUCUUUUUGGGUGUCUGUAUGUUGCCUACAGGGCGCAAUGCUUGACUUAUCGUCUUGAAACUUUACAUACUUAUUCCAUAUACCUUAAGGAUGAUCCCUACUGAUUUUGGUGCAUGCCCGACCCCCAGUGGCAGAGCCACGCCAAUAUUUUGUAUUUUUUGGGCAUCGACAGGCUGCAUUUCUUAACCACUCAUCUUGAAAUUUUGCAUACUUAUUCUUUGUACCCUAAGGAACAGCCCUAUCGUUUUGGGUGCACGCCCAACUCCCAGGGGCAGAGCCACGCCCAUUUUCUUUUUGUGUGUCUGUGUAUCGCCUACAGGCCACAAUUAUUAAUCAAUCGUCUUGAAAAAAAUUGCGUAUGAAUUCCUUAUACCCUAAGGAUGACCCCCUAUUGUUUUUGGUGCAUGCCCGUCCCCCAGUGGCAGAGCCACACCCAUUUCUUGUAUUUAUUUGUUUGUCAUCUACAGACCAAAUUUCUUAACAUAUUACCUUGAAACUUUGCAUACUUAUUCCUUCUAUCCUAAGGAACAUCCCUAUAUUUUUUGGUGAAUGCCCAAUCCCCAGGGGCAGAGGCACGCACAUUUUCUUUUUGUGUGUCAUUGUGUCACUUACAGCAUGCAAUGCUUAAUCAGUCAUCUUGAAAACUGUUUUAUACUUAUUCCUUAUACCCUAAGGCUGACCUCUAUUAUUUUUGGUGCUUGCCCGACCCCCAGGGACAGAGCCACGCCCAUGUUUGUGUGUCUUGUGUUUCGCCUACAGGCCACAAUUCUUAACAGAUCCUUUUGAAACUUUGCAUACCUAUUUCUUAUACCCUAAGCAUGACAACUGCAUGUCCCAACCACCAUGCCCAUAUUUUUGUGUUUAUCGUUUACAGGCCGCAAUUCUGAAUGGAUCAACUUGGUACUUGGCAUAUGUAUUCCUUAUAACCUAAGGACGUCAAUUAUGGAUUUUGGUGAAUGCCCUGACCCCCAGGGGCGAAGGCCACAAUACUGAAUGGAUUAUCUUGGAACUUGGUAUACUUAUUCCUUAUACCCUAAGGACGGCAACUAUUGAUGUUGUCAUUUCAAUAACAGGGUGGUGCCUAUUUAUAUUGUUCCAUAUUCAACCCCCAGGGGCAGAGCCACAUCCGAUUUUUGUACUUAUCAUCUACAGGCUGCAAUUCUGAAUGGAACGUCUUGGAACUUUGCAUAUUUAUCCCUUAUACCGUAAAGACAGCAACUAUUUAUUUUGGUACAUGCCCCGACUUCCUGGAGCAGUAUAAUACCCACUUUUUUUUGUCUGUAAAUUUGGAAAAACAAACCCAACGCCUAGCCUUCUUUGCCUCUUGUCAUAUUACGGCCAUUUCAUAUUUCAUUCUCUUCAUUUUAAAAAGUACCAUAUCAAUCAAAGCUGGAAUGUGGACGUAUAUUGCAGCGUUAGCGAUGCUCUUGGAAUUAUUCUUAACCACAUUGGUUGAUUCGCAGUUUUGAAUGGGAAAACUUGGAGAUGACAUUUUGAAGUAACCCUCAGACCCAGUCCCAAAAAAUUAGUGCUCAGUAUUUUAAAUAUUAUGCGUCGAUAUCUAAAAUUGUUUCAGGGCAUGGGGCUUGCUCCAUUAUGACAUCAUUCUUUCACUCUGCUGCAGUCUUAUACUAUCACAAAACAGGCAGAAUUGACAGGCAGAUGUCUAGAUUCUGUCCAAUUUCUGAUCCUUGCGUUCAUAAGAAUUUGCUCUCAGCUAUGACCUCAAAUGCCAGGUAAUUGACUUAAAUUUUCACAAUUUUAUUGGGGAGAUCCCCCAAAACCCCCCUUGUGUUACUUGCCCCUAUGGCACUCACAGGAUGCCUUUGGUAUGUUUAGCAGAGAGAAAUAGUAAGCUAGCAUAAAUGUUUAAUCUAUAGAAUUUUAACAUUUGAGAUCUAAUCAUGGUUCAAAAAGCUGAAAUAAAUGCCAAGAUGACCCAUAAACAAAGUCCCUUUUCUUCCUGAACAAUUUCAAAUUUGACCAAAUAUAAUGAUUUUAAAAACAUGACAAGGAAAUGAUAUAAAUAUAUUUUGCUAAUUUAAUUUGCUUUUGUAUGUUAUUAUUUAAUUAAUAUUACGAUACGAUAUUAUAUUAUAUUAUAUUGUCUAUUAUAUUCUCUUAUACAUAUAAGUUUAAGUCAACUAGCUUUAGCUUUAAUUUUAAUCAUUUAAUAAACCCACAUAUAUUAUAUUAAUUCUAGUUUUUAUUGGAUUUCGCAAAUAGAACCAUAUCACCAGAUUUAAAUAUUCAGUUCUGUAAGUCUCAACACGCCAGAUUGUUCACAUAUUUCUUAAAGUUAAAAAUAUGUGAUUAUAUUUUAAUACCAUGAUAUCUUUCAGUUGAGAUGUUUCAUCAUACACUCUCUUAUUAUAAAGAGUUGUAACAAGUUAGUAUAGGUGAAUAGAUUUGAGUUGAAAAACUACAUGUUUUGUGUAUGUAAAAUCUAAGAAUAAAGUCCCAAUUUAUCCUCCAUACUUUCAUAUAGGUGUAUACGAAUUUUCCUACUUCUGUUCCUCAUUUAUAUUCACUGUUUUGGUAAAAUAUGAUAGUAAUUCAUUUUAAUUCAUUUAAUACUCAGCAAAUCUUUUGAUGGUCUCCAGAAUAUCCUGUGUAUUCAUAAUUACAUGUAGUUUACAUGUUAUAGUGUACAUUUAUAUCAUGAUGUCGAUAAAAAUUAUUUGAAAUAUUAACAUUUCUGAAUAUGAAAUGGUGCUAAUCAUAAUGGCUUUUACAAAUUAUUGAAUUAAUUAAAUGAUUAUUUCUACACUGAUGCUCCUAUUGUAAAAUAUGGUGUAAUCAGACCCAUGGUCUUAAGAGACAGACAUUUUAAUGUGGUAUUAUUUUGUGACUCGUUUCAUCUGUCUGUCUAAAUUGUUUAAAAGAAGUUAGCAACAGAGCGCUAACUAUCAUAAUGUUACGUUGUUAACAUUAGUAAGAUGAAGAAAGUUGUUAAAUUUAAAUUAAUAUAUGACCGAGAUCGGUCCUUGUUCAUUUUAUGGAAUGCGCAGUCUAUUUUACAAUAGGGACUGAAGUUAUCUCCCCUUGUAGGCAUUUUUUGCAAAGAAUCUUUUAAUCUGCUGAAACUUCUGCUGGUUUAUUAUACUUGUAUAUAAUGUGAUUAGUAUUAUACUCUUUCUACUAAAUUUAUAUUUAUAUUUAUAUUCUUUAUUCACUGCAUGGUUUUAAAAAAAUAUAGUGCCAAUUACAUUUGCAUUUGAUUGUGUUUGCAAAGUCUUAAACUCAAUACUACUUAUCGUUUAUUCAGGAGGAGCCACAGUGACUAAGUAAGUAAGAUGCUGACUCGCUAGCCUGGAGGUCGCGGGUUCACUUCCGGUGUUGGCCGAGAAAGUUAAUUGGGAUUUCCGGCCUGGUUUCCCCUUGUCAGCGGUGCAAAAACCGAGGUCCUGUGUAAAGAUUGGCGUGCACGUAAAAGAUCCUGUAGCAGAUGGAAUUCGAUAUAAGAGUGCACCACUGUCCUGACAAAAUUUCCCAAAAUAGUACACUGCAUGGUGUAUGCGCAUCUUCAUUAGCAGAACAGUAGGACAUUAAACCCCAGUUUGGCAGACUCCACCAUUGCUCCAUUAUUACCCGAAAGUUAUUCUCAAUUUUAUAAAUAUUAAUUACAUGUUAUUAUAUACUUAUGUUGUAUAAUUUUCUUAAGCUUACAUUUAAUAAAUCAGUAUUCAUUUUGUUUAA